AUUCUUUUUCUGAGUGGCUUGGCUCUCAUCAUCGGCUUCAGGAGGACAACCCACUUCUUCUUCCAAAGACAGAAGUUUCGGGGUUCUUUCUUCUUCCUUGGAGGUGUGACUCUGGUGCUGUGCCGUUGGGCAAUCUUUGGAAUGCUGGUGGAGAGUUAUGGCUUUGUGCUUUUAUUUAGGUCCUUCUUCCCUAUGGCACUGGGAUUCCUGCUGUCAGCUGUGAACAUCCCCUUCCUAAGUGCAUAUUUCUCCAGCAGCCCUUCCAUGGUGUGAUCAGAAGAACAUGAUGCAGCAGGAGGAAAGCCAGAAGUCUUUAGACAUUACAGCACCGACUGAGGGCAAAAACAGCUGCUUGGAAACUACACAAACGUAUUAUUUGAAAACAACUUUUUAAAUCAUGCUGUUGUACAGGAUGUUUUCCAUCUCCAUCAUUUAUCAUUUUAUUUAAUGUUGUUUAUAUUGUGUUGUUUGUUUCACUGAG